AGGAGAGGUGGCGCGUGCGCAGCGGGGCGGUGAGCGAGCUAAGAGGGGCAGCGCGUGCGCAGAGGGGCGGUGUGACUCAGGAGGGGGCGAUGGAAGCUAAGAGGAGCGGCGCGUGCGCGGAGAUGUGACUGGUGGGACCUGCGGCGGCUCCCAAAUGAUGGUCGCCCUCCUGGGCGCGACGACCCUAGUGCUCGUCGCCGUGGCGCCAUGGGUGUUGUCCGCAGCCGCAGGUGGAAAAAAUCUAAAAUCUCCUCAAAAAGUAGAGGUCGACAUCAUAGAUGACAACUUUAUCCUGAGGUGGAACAGGAGCGAUGAGUCUGUCGGGAAUGUGACUUUUUCAUUCGAUUAUCAAAAACCUGGGAUGGAUAAUUGGAUAAAAUUGCCUGGGUGUCAGAAUAUUACUAGUACCAAAUGCAACUUUUCUUCACUCAAGCUGAAUGUUUAUGAAGAAAUUAAAUUGCGUAUAAGAGCAGAAAAAGAAAACACUUCUUCGUGGUAUGAGGUUGACUCAUUUACACCAUUUCGCAAAGCUCAAAUUGGUCCUCCAGAAGUACAUUUAGAAGCUGAAGAUAAAGCAAUAGUGAUACACAUCUCUCCUGGAACAAAAGAUAGUGUUAUGUGGGCUUUGGAUGGUUUAAGCUUUACAUAUAGCUUAGUUAUCUGGAAAAACUCUUCAGGCGUAGAAGAAAGGAUUGAAAAUAUUUAUUCCAGACAUAAAAUUUAUAAACUCUCACCAGAGACUACUUAUUGUUUAAAAGUUAAAGCAGCACUACUUACGUCAUGGAAAAUUGGUGUCUAUAGUCCAGUACAUUGUAUAAAGACCACAGUUGAAAAUGAACUACCUCCACCAGAAAAUAUAGAAGUCAGUGUUCAAAAUCAGAACUAUGUUCUUAAAUGGGAUUAUACAUAUGCAAACAUGACCUUUCAAGUUCAGUGGCUCCACGCCUUUUUAAAAAGGAAUCCUGGAAACCAUUUGUAUAAAUGGAAACAAAUACCUGACUGUGAAAAUGUCAAAACUACCCAGUGUGUCUUUCCUCAAAACGUUUUCCAAAAAGGAAUUUACCUUCUCCGCGUACAAGCAUCUGAUGGAAAUAACACAUCUUUUUGGUCUGAAGAGAUAAAGUUUGAUACUGAAAUACAAGCUUUCCUACUUCCUCCAGUCUUUAACAUUAGAUCCUUUAGUGAUUCAUUCCAUAUCUAUAUCGGUGCUCCAAAACACUCUGGAAACAAGCCUGUGAUCCAGGAUUAUCCACUGAUUUAUGAAAUUAUUUUUUGGGAAAACACUUCAAAUGCUGAGAGAAAAAUUAUCGAGAAAAAAACUGAUGUUACUGUUCCUAAUUUGAAACCACUGACAGUGUAUUGUGUGAAAGCCAGAGCACACACCAUGGAUGAAAAGCUGAAGAAAAGCAGUGUUUUUAGUGACAUCGUGUGUGAGAAAACAAAACCAGGAAAUACCUCUAAAAUUUGGCUUAUAGUUGGAAUUUGUAUUGCAUUAUUUGCUCUCCCGUUUGUCAUUUAUGCUGCGAAAGUCUUCUUGAGAUGCAUCAAUUAUGUCUUCUUUCCAUCACUUAAACCUUCUUCCAAUAUAGAUGAGUAUUUCUCUGAACAGCCAUUGAAGAAUCUUCUGCUUUCAACUUCUGAGGAACAAAUCGAAAAAUGUUUUAUAAUUGAAAAUAUAAGCACAAUUGCUACAGUAGAAGAAACUAAUCAAACUGAUGAAGAUCAUAAAAAAUACAGUUCCCAAACUAGCCAAGAUUCGGGAAAUUAUUCUAAUGAAGAUGAAAGUGAAAGUAAAACAAGUGAAGAACUACAGCAGGACUUUGCGUGACUGGAAAUGAACUGUGUCAAGUAUAAGGUUUUUCUGCAGGAGUUACACUGGGAGCUGAGCUCCUCACCUUCCUCUCAGUAACUACAAAGAGGACAAUUCCCUGUUUGGGGGAAGAAAAAACAUCUUCAGAUCAAAGGUCCUAAAAAUACAGACAAGCUUUUAACUAUUUAAAAAUGAAAUUACAAGCCCAGGCGUGGUGGCUCACGCCUGUAAUCCCAGCACUUUGGGAGGCCGAGGCAGGCAGAUCACGAGGUCAAGAGAUUGAGACCAUCCUGGCCAACAUUUUCAAACCCCGUCUCUACUAAAAAUACAAAAAUUAGCUGGGUGUGGUGGCUCGUGCCUGUAGUCUCAGCUACUCAGGAGGCUGAGGCAGGAGAAUCACUUGAACCCAGGAGGCAGAGGUUGCAGUGAGCCGAGAUCAUGCCACUGCACUCCAGCCUGGCAACAGCGUGAGACUCUUUAAAAAAAAAAAAAGAAAAUAAAAAUUAAAAGAGUUGAGACAAACGUUUCCUACGUUCUUUUCCAUGUGUAAAAUCUUGAAAAAGCCUGUCAUCGGACUUGAAUUGGAUGAGAUGAGUCAGAUCAAAACAAUGGCCACCCGUCUUCCUCCUGUGAGCCUAAGUGCAGCUGUGCUAGCUGUGCACCGUGGCUACGGAUGACGUCUGUGUUCCUGUCCAUCACUGAUGCUGCUGGCUACUGCAUGUGCCACACCUGCCUGUUCGCCAUUCCUGACAUUCUGUUUCAUUCUUCCUCGGGGGAUAUUUCAAACAUUUGGUCUUUUCUUUUAACACUGAGGUUAGGCCCUUAGGAAAUUUAUUUAGGAAAGUCUGAACACGUUAUCACUUGGUUUUCUGGAAAGUAGCUUACCCUAGAAAUGCCAGAAAGAUGAUCCCUAAAAAUGUUGAGGGACUUCUGUUCAUUUAUCCCAAGAACAUUGGCUUCCACAUCACAGUAUCUACCCUUACAUGGUUUAGGAUUAAAGCCAGGCAAUCUUUUACUACACAUUAAGACUUCUGAUUCAAAACUUAUUAGAACAAUAGCUUCUGGCUGGAAUCUGCAAUCACUGAAGUCAUAGAAAAUAGGUAACUAUCUAAUUAGAGAAAUAAUUGUAUUUUAAGAUCUGAGAGUGUAUACAAGUUUUAAUAUACAUGCCAUGCCAGAAGAUAGUGUAUGCAAGAAGUCUUGGGACCAGAAAAUGGCAAUGAUAGGAGACUGACACAGAAGAAGAAUGCUUCCAUAGGAAAGAAGUCGCUGGCUUUGGUGCAAGAGGAAGAAAAUGUUCCACUGGGAGCCCGAGCGCCUAAUCAGCUCUCAGUGAUUAACCCACUCUGUUGUUAUGGGUGGUCUCUGUCACUUUGAAUACCAGGCUGGCUUCUCUGCACUGUCUAGCAGUAUUCAGAUACCCCUUCUGCUCAGCCUGCUUGGCGUUAAAAUACAAAUCAUUGAACUGAGGGAAAAAAUGUAACUAGGAAGAAAAACCUAAUUUAAGAAAUUACAUAAUGCUUUCCAAAGGCACCUACAACUUAUUUUUAAAUUACUUGCUACUGGGGAUUACCCAUGGAUAUCCUUAAUAGGCAGGAAGUCUGGGAAUUCUGGUGGCCUCUAGGGCAGUGUUCUCACAGCACAGUUCCUGCAGGGACCAAUGAAAGAGAAAAAGAGACAGCAUGCUGGGGAGCGGCCAUUGCUAAGGCCAGUCUGAUUUAAGUAGUCAUUUCUGCUGAAAAAAACAGAUGAUCCUGGUGGAAGAAAAGGUUGAAGGCAGCUGCCCUCAGGAGGGCUGUGAUGCUCAGCACAUCCUGGCACAUACACAUGUCUGCAGGCCACACCGUGCAUGUCCCCAGACCUGCCGCCUGGCUUCUGGAGUGCUUCAAGCAGAGCAUGGUGGGCCAUUGAAGAGACCCAGGAAUCUCCUCUGAGACCCACUCUCUGCUGGAGAACCCCACGGUAACACAUUUUCAUCUUUGACCAGAGGCUGUUUUUUGUUUUGUUUUGUUUUGAGACAGUCUCACUCUGUUGCCCAGGCUGGAGUGCAGUGGCUUGAUCUCGGCUCACUGCAACCUCCGCCUCCCGGGUUCAAGCAAUUCUUUGCCUCAGCCUCCAGAGUAGCUGGGAUUACAGGUGCCUGCCACCACACCCCACUAAUUUUUGUAUUUUUAGUAGAGACGGGGUUUCACCAUGUUGGCCAGGCUGGUCUUGGACUCCUGACCUCGUGCUCCACCCACCUUGGCCUCCCAAAGUGCUGGGAUUACAGGUGUGAGCCACAGUGCAUGACCAGCCUGACCUUUGGAAAAGCCUUGUCACUCUGGACUUUUGCAUCUUUGAAGAGGCGAUGGGAGCAUAUGAUGACUGCCUGCCACCAUUGCUUUUCACACUACCGCAACUCAAUGAUCCUGUCCAGGACUUCUGGCCCUGUGUUCACCACUGGGAAAACAUGCUUCAGACUGGGUAGCCUAAAAAGGAUCAAUGCCCUUGUAGGAUGUGGAGAAGGGAAAAUACAGACGUUAACAUUAAAAGACACCAGUGAAAUUGUUAGGUCUCUAGGAAGUUAGAGCACAAGGCUUCACGUUUUGAGACCAUCUGUGGUUUUCAGUGAACAAGCACUGAGCACCGCAGCAAAAAAACAAAAAACAAAAAAAAACCUCGUUUUUAGCUCGUCUUCUAGACAUGAAAAGGCAGUUGCAUUCCACUCUGCAUUAUGUUCUACAUGUUGCUUUAUCAGCAUAUGCUUAGCUGUAAGUGACAAGUAUUUUUUCUGAACAGAAGUUUACUUAGAAAUACCAUGGACUUGGGGGUGCCACAUAACUGCCUCAAAAUUAGCAUAUUGAUAGUUCUUGGAGAGACCAGGUAUAAUCUAAGAAUUUAUAUGAAAGAUUUGUAUCAUUAGAGCCAGAAAUAAUUUUAUAUUAAUAUAUAAUACAGAUUAACAUUAUAUAUAAUAUGUACCUGUGUAACUUCUGACAUGAGCCUGUAAACAUAUUCAUAUAUGUACCUGCACAUGUACCCACAUGAUGUGGGUCUUAUUUCUUUAGUAUGGACUUAAAGUACUUACUCAUAUAGCUUGUAACUAAAAAUUAGAACAGCUCCCUAGAAUUGCGAACUUUUUAAGAGUCUGACCAGAAAUUUGCAACUUAUAAAAAAGUUACUUUUAAAAAUAUAAGUUAGGGCUAGGCACUGUGGCUCAUGCCUAUAAUCUCAGCACUUUUGGGAGGCCAAGACAGGAGGAUCACUUCAGGCCAGGAGUUCAAGACCAACCAACCUGGGUAACAUGGCCAGACCCCAUCUCUAUUUAUAUAUAUAUAUAAAACUUAGAGUUUGUAUCUUCCCCUAAAAGAGGCCGUGAUAUUUGCAGCAGCCUCAAAUUGCUCUUAAGGGGUUUGGGUGUGCAGAAGCUUUCCUUUCCCUACCCAGUAACCAUGUGACUACCUAACAUGUUGUGUAUUGAUUUAUUUUGUUUGCUGUCUGUCUCCCCUGCCCCACUGCUAGAACAGAGGCUUCAAGAGAACAGGGACUUUAUUAUUCAUUACUGCAUCCCCAGUAAUGAAGGUACUUAGAAAAUAAUUAUUGAAUGAAUGAAAUCUAAACUGUGAACCUGAGGGUGUUUGUGGCAGUGUUUGUUUUACUGAAUUGUAGAAGGACAUAACCGUGUUUUCAGUGUUUCUAUGGAACAAACUUGUACGUUUUAUUUCACUUGUGUUUUGUCUUAAACCCUACUGCUGGAAACAAUUUUGUAUAAUAAGCAAUGGGCCCAAAAGUCUAGGGGUUUUUUUGUACUUAGUGAAUUUGUAUGCAACAGAGGUGCUGCAUCUGAUGCCUUUAAAAGGAAUUCAUCAUGGAAGGGCUGAGGCCUGUGCUUGGUGUUCAAGAGCCCAGGAUUGAGCAUCCUGAAGGAGCCACUGCAGCCGUCACUGUCCCCAGAGCCUGUGGAGAUGGAGUCCGUUUGCUGCUUUUUCUUCCCGCUCUUAAGACAUGGCUGGAGCACAGUCUUCAUUGAACGUAAGUUUGCUGUGGUACUGCAUAGCCUUGCUUUCUUGAACUAAACUGUUUGCCCUUCACAGUAUUUCUUCUGUCAGGAUUAGUUCGUUCCAAGGAGGCUGUUAGUCUCACAGAUAAGUAGAUCUCUCCUGCCAUCUGGACACAUUUCACUCAGAAAUUGAAUACAAUUUGUAUUCAGGCUGGGAACCUGAACACACACUUCUGUUUUUAAGCUUCCCUUUUUUACAGUGGACAAGGACACAAAAAAUAAAUCAUCCCUAAUGCCCAA